AUGACUCUGAUGAUGACCGGCUAUCGAUUCAUAUCAAUUUGCGUUUUGGCCUUUGUUCUUGAAGUUCAAUCGACGGAUCCGAGUUGUAAAGGCGUCUUAAAUACAAAUGAAAUCUUACGGGAUGAACCUAAAUUCGUAAGUUCCGUUACAAAUGGAAAGCGUUAUGUUGUUGGGUCAGGCUACGACAAGAUUCAUAUAUUGCAUGUUUAUGGUGGCACACCCUAUGACAUGGGUUAUGCAUACGGAAAACUAAUGAGUAAAGAAUUGAAGCAACUUGUUCCCGAGUAUUUCACUUAUCUGGAAAGUAAAGUCGAAUCUUUGAUCAAAGAAUUGCCACCGUUAGUGGCAAAGUGGAUUGCUGAAUUAGGUCUAAAAGGUGCCCUCGAUCUUAAUUAUGAUAUCACUCGUAUUUAUACUCCACCAUGGUACGACGAAGAGUUACGAGGAUUGGCGGCCGGUAGUGGUAUUUCAUAUCAAGAUAUUCGUCGACUUAACCUACUUCCCGAGCUUAUUAAAGCUGCAUGUACUGUUUUAGGUGCUUGGGGUGAAUCGACAGUAACGACUACAACUUUGCUUCAUCUCCGUUCAUUAGAUUGGGAUGAAAAUGCUCCUAUUGCCAAAUAUGCAGCAGUCACUGUCUACCAUCCAAAUGCAUCUUAUGAAGGUUAUGCUGAACAUUAUCACAAUUAUUACAAACAGAACUAUUCGACAUCGCAUACAUUUGCUAACUUUGGAUAUACUGGCCUUAUUGGAUCCAUUGGAGCUUAUAACGAUGUGUCAGUUGGUUUAGGUCAAAAAGUCUGGAUUACGAAAGAACAAGAUAUUACAACGCGUUUAGGAAAUCCAUGGACUUAUGUGCUUCGGGAUGUUAUUCAAUUCUCUGAUUCGAUUGAUACAGCAUUAACAAUGCUUUUAAAUGCCAAGCGAACUUGUUCCGUUCACCUUGGUCUUGGCGAAUACCAUCGAAAUACAUCGUCGGCUAGUGAACGAACAGUCGAUUUUCUCGGUAUUGAAUACAGUGCGAAAGAAUUCAAUGUUUUCUCAUGGAAAGAUAUGUACAAUACACCUAAUCAUCCAAUUCUGAAUGAUGUUGUCUAUUGGGAUCCAUACGUUCAACCAUCGAAUAAUAAAUGCUUGGGUAGUUUACUAAUCGAACAUUAUGGUAAACUUGAUCCGCCGACAAUCAUUCGAAAUAUCACCAGUUUGUUAAGAACAGGCAAUACACUUAAUUUAGUUCUUGAUUAUGCUGAAAAUGCUGCCUACUUGGCAUAUAGUGCACCGGAUGAUCCACAGGGACCUCUAGAAGCUUUCAAUCGUGUUCACACAAGAAUUGACAUGACUAAAUUGUUCGUAGAGCCCGCACCAAAAUAA